UUGGGGGCCUGGGCUGCUCUUCUUCCAUCAGGCCUGGGAGCAGCACCCUCGCUAGCUGCGAUAAAGCCCCUUCCUUGCCUCUGCCUGGCCCUUGCUGGGCCCUGAGGCUCAGGGGGGCAUUUACUGGGCAGCAGUUACUUGUAGAGGGUCUGCUCACUGGGGGGUUUCUCUCUGCAUGUGGCAGUAGUUUUGCAGCAUAUCAGUAUGAAGACAAAUACCCUGAAGUCUGUGAUCCUCAAGUGCUUAUCUAUCAUUUUUCUACGUUUUCUGAAUAGGUUCAGUUUUUAAAGAAUUCUGUCAUCGGUUUUGUGGGCCAAAUGUUACUGCUUUAUAACUUUUUAUAAUAUGAAGCGAGGUAGUGCUUAAACCCACCAUUUCAUUGUUUGGGGGUGGAGAGGAAGGAUUUUUUGUAUGUGCAAUAUCCAAAAAGGCUAUCCCAAUGUGUUACCUAUUGCUAGUGACAUAAUCAAUGAGGCAUGAGACUGCAAGGAUCCUGAAUGAUCUUGCCCUUUGAGGGUAAGGUGUGCGUGGGUGGAUGUAAACCGUUCUUUAUUAAAUCUGUUUUAGAAGCUGCACCGCUAAAAUAUUCUCAGUUCCUUUUUUUAAAUUGUUGUAGAAAAAUGCAUUAUGAAUGAUGGUCCUUGAUUACUAAAAUCAACCCCAAGAGCUCAUAUUCUGAACAUGAGGAUAAUAAAGACUUGGAAAGAAGGUAACACUUUUACUUAAAAUUACUAAAAAGUUCAUCUCUGUCAAAAUGAACAUUCUUUGAAAAAAAUCUGAAGAACAGCCGUGACUUGAAAAAUGGGAGAAAGAACAAGGAGCUUGGAUUCUGACCAUGAUAGAACAUCUGAUGGUGAUAAAAAUAGCAACUCAUACUAUUCAGAUGAAGAUAAUGCCUCUGACCCAUCCCUUACACUAAGCUCCCAGUCUACAAGCCAUGGAAAAAAAGAUCACAAAACACAGACUUUGAGCAGCCUUGUGAAUUACCAAGCCACUAAGAAACCAGUUUCCAAAUAUGCACCAGCCAAAAGAGGGACACGGUGGGGUUUUCGCUCACAGAGUCUCAAUAGGGAUUCUCCUGCAAAAGAUAUAGAUCUUGUUACAAAAAGAGUUCUUUCUGCCAGGCUGCUAAAAAUCAAUGAGCUUCGGAAUGAACUAACUGAACUCCACAUCAAACUAGAUGAGCUGCAGAAAGAAAACAGGGCACUGAAGAGGCUUCAGUAUAGGCAGGAAAAAGCCUUGAAUAAAUUUGAAGAUACAGAAAAUGAAAUCUCUCAGCUCCUCGCUCGACAUAACAAUGAGAUUAGAAUAUUAAGGGAGCGUUUACGAAAAUCUCAAGAGAGAGAACGCACAACUGAGAGAAGACUGAAAGAUUCAGAGGAUGAGCUGUAUAGGACAAAAAAUUCUUUGCAAAAAUUGAAAAAGCUAUCUGCACAUAAGCACUUAGCUGAACGAGAUGAACUGGCAAAGAAGCUAGCCUCAACAGAGAACAGUCUGGAUGAAAGUGAAAAAAGAAUUAAGGAUUUGGAGAAAAAUCUUGAGCUGAAUAACAGCAGUUUCCAACGACAGUUGCAGUCUGAGAAAAAGAAGGUACAUGAGGCCCUAGAAGAAAAUAAAGCUCUCCAAGAAGAGCUUCAACAACUAAAUCAAAAGCUAAAGGAAAAAGAGAGAGAACUUGAUACAAAAAAUAUCUAUGCUAACCGUAUGUUGAAGCCAUCACCUAAAAAAGACACAGAUCUUGCACAAAGAAAAAAAGCCACUAACCAAAAUAUUAAAAAAGGAAUCCAGACUACAAAAGGAGUACAGACUAGUGGAUAUGUCUCACCAAUAGAAUUUCCUCCACCACCGGAGUUUGUAUCUGUUUAUGUAACAGAAGAGAAAGAAGAGGAGAUUCUUCUCAGAAUUGAACAAGAAACUCAGAAAAAAGCAUGGAAAGAACAAGCAGAGCAUCUAAAGAAUGAGCGGAAUAGGGAGAGGGAGGAGAAACUGAAACGUGACCAAGAACUGCAGAUUUUAGAGGAGAAAGCACAGAAACUAUGUGAUGAGUGGAAAAAAGAAGAAUUUGACAGAAGGAAAAAAGAUAACAACUUUUUAUUGGCCGAAGAAACAACAAGGAUUGAGUCAGAAAUACAUAAAACUGAAAAUGAGAUACACAGCACUGAGAAACUAAAAGAAGAGAGACAAAAGAAAGAGAUGCUGCUGGCUAAAAUGCAUGAAAUCGACAGAGAAACUCAAAAUACUAUUAGUAUGAAACUUUCUUCACAAGCACACCUCACAGAUACAGCAUCAAAAUCUGACUCCGUAGAGAAAAAUGAAAAAACCUACCAGUUUUUAGAGACAGAGAAAUUGUUGAAUGGAUUUCCAGGAUAUGACAACCAUGAUGCUAUUACAAAAGCAGAGGUACAGACGCAGCAAAAUGUUAGAAUCACAGAUUCAAAUAGUGAUCUAACAUUUGGAAGUUACGUACCUUCCUUUGGUAAAGGAUCUGGAAGGCCAAGUUGGCUUAAUCAAAAAAGUUUUGUCUUAGAAGAAAAUAGUAAAGAAAACACAGAUUUCAAGAAAGAGAAAAAAUCUAAUUUAAUGGAACAAUUGUUUGGAACUAGUGCCAACACCAUCCUUCCAUCUAAAAGCAGUGACACAAGUACUUUGGAAGCAGACUUUGAUUCCAGCAGUGCUCUUCCUCUAGAUAAAAGCAAGAAAGUUAAAGUAAAAGAUGAUGGUUUUUUUGGUGAAGGAAGAAAUUUUAACCCAAAUAGGCACCAUUUACAGCACACAAGAAGCAGACCAGCAGUUAAGGCUGUUGAUUCUUUUGAAGAUGAAAUUGAAGAAGUAAUCCUGUGAUAAUCACCUUUUAUAUAAUAUUUGUGUAUAAAUUCUAUCCAAAUAUUUUAAUACAGUAUUAUUAUACACAGAGUUGAAAAGUUUUAGGUUAAAAAUCCUUAUGAAGGGAUGAUUUCAAUAAAUAUAUGUAUAGAAUAUAUACUGCAACAGUCUGACCUACUCUAACAGUCUGGCUCUUUGUGCGGUUAGAUUUUUUUUUUUUAAAUAUAUCUUUCCAAAUACAGUCCAUGAAGAUAAUUUAGAUAGAGUGGGGGUGAUUAUUUUGAACAUACCACAGCCAAUGAUUUUGAGGGAAUUUCCUAACAGAUACCCAUAUAUUGCAAUUGAGUACAGGUAUUUGCUCACUUCUUCAUUCAGGAGGAGAUACUAUUUCUACUCUCUUCAUAUUCCAGUCUAUUCUCUGUAUAUAUCAGUAUCAAAUCUGUGAAACUGCCAGAGCAUAUUGGUAGUAUUCCAAAAGGUUACUACUAAUGCUCUUCCAUGGAUUUGGAUGGGAGGAAAAGUAGUUGGGGAACUCUUCUUCCUGCGUUUUCUAGAGCCAAACCUGACUUUCAUCAUUUUUCUCAUUUAUAUCUGCAUGUGGAGGUGGAAGAGUCCCAUGAUACUUUCUACACUCUUGCCUCCCACUAUGCUGUGCAUUGCCAUUAUUCCACUGGCUUUCAAAUACUUCAAAACCGGUUCAGUUGAAUUAGUGCAAUGGUCCUAUAUAUUGCUGCUGGGUUUUGUUUGUUCUUUCUCCCAUUUGGACUAAAAAUAAUAGAGAUAAUGAGGAGAGGAAAGAUAACUCAGCCUACAGUUUUGCAGGCCGUGAGUCAUGGCUCCAUCAACCUUUUUGAUAUAAACUAGCAUAACAUAGCAUAUCUAAAUACUGUUCUGGGAAACUAUGCCAUAGUCCUACUUUUUUUAGUAGAAGUGGGUUUGGACUCCCUACUCAAAAUAAAACAUAUGAUCUGCAGAGAAUUUAUAUAAUGAGUUAGGGGGAAGUUAAUAGAGUGAUUUAUUUUAAAAUAAUUUCCAGAGAUAUUGCAAAAUCUGUCAUACAAAUGUUUUUUUAAAUUGUGAUAAGAACAGUGUGCAUUGAAAAAUAUAAUCUACCAAAAUAUUUGUAUGAGAUGGCAGAAAAUUAUUGAUGCUUUAUAAUCUGUAAAUGCAUGGUGUCAGUUAACUGAGCUAACAAUCUGAGAUGGUGUUCUGGUAUAUUGGGACAAAUGUGCUGUAAAUGAGAUAUUGAAUGCCUUAAAUAUAAAGUUCCUUAUCAUUUAGAGUUGUUCCUCAUGGUCCCUGUUACCUAUUAGAGAACUGAUGGUGAAGAAACCCACAGAAGUUCUCAGUUAGAGAUGCCUCUCCUGCUCUUCUUCCUAAUUAUCCUAAUUAAAUCAUUCUAGUCAGGAUUACAAGCAAUGUGAUUUAGACCUGUGUCAUAUGCACUAGUGUAGUAUAUACUUGUUUUAUCUUACUGACUAGACUCCUGCUGUUGAUCUAGUUUCCCUAUAAAAAAAUUCAUACUUGGCAGGAAAUAAUUUCUUGAAAAUCAUAAAUGUUGAGAACUGCUAAUGGAAUAUCUUAGAUAAUGAGUAUCUUGUGAGGUUGUAUACUUGGCUUUGUUUUUGUUUUUUUCCUUAAGUUUUUUUUCUACUCUACUAAUGGACUCUGUAGUGUGAUGCAUAAAUCAUAGUACUGUACUGUUCACAGGGAGCUUUAUUUAAUGUAAAAUGUAUAGAAAUAUAAGCACAGGCGUUGGCUAAUGGUGCAAUGUGCUGUUAUAUGGGAGAGCUUGCAUUUGGGAGCAACCACUAGUGCUAUGUCUGAAGGCAGCUAGUAGUAUGUUACCCUUGCUUUUGAGUGCCUCCCUUUGACUAUUGACAUCUAAUUUCUGUGAUGCAUUCGGAGUGCCUCCUUGUGGUGUUAGAGGAAGGCAUUUAUAAUUUCAUCUCUAGGAAAAGGAACAAGUAGUAGCAGGGAACAAUAGGGUGUGAAUAAAACAAUAGGUGAAAAAGAGACUGUAAAAGGCACUCAUGGUAGAGUGAUUGUUUCACAGAAGACCCUACAUAGAAAAUAAGUAUCUCAGGAACAGCAGCUUUUUCCACAUAAAUCUAUAAUCUUAACACAAUUUCUUAUCAUUCAAGUACUUUUUUGGUUCCAGACACAUCAGGCUACAAUAGAUCUCUGUGUCAGACAUGUGUUCAGCAUAGCCGAUGAGGGAGAGAGGCAACAUGGCCUUAAACCACCUUUAUGCUUCUCUCAUAUUCUUGGCAACGAGGGACUAGGCUGGCUGCAGAGCUACUGUAAAUUUAGCUUGUUUUUUAAGAACCCCAAGUGAUGGUUAAACUACCUAGAGAUAGGGAUGUAAAAACUGCCUAAAAUAGUUCACUAGUUAAACUAUUUAACUGGUUAACCAUUGGCUGUGAACAGGCUGCUCCGCCCUGGCUCACCAUGACCACAGGCGUUGUGGGGAGCCUUGACGCAGGCGUCUGGGGACUGCUCUGGCCUCAGUUUGCCAUAUGUAGCAGGGGCUGCUCUGACCUGGCCCAGGCUCACUGCGGGUAGCUGGGGCUGCUUCGGCCCUAGUUUGCUGUGGCUGCAGGCUUCAGGGGCUGCUCCAUCAAGGCCUCAGGUGGCAAGGGCUGCUCCCAUGGGCUGUCCGCCACCUGGACCCUCUGGUUAACCAGUUAUCGAGUAAGCAUGCCGGUAAGGCUAAUGCUUACCAAUUAACUGUUUAAUCUUUUACAUCCCUACCUGGGGAUCACAGGAGCACAGUGUGCUCUAGUUAUCCUGUCUCCCUCAGCUAUGCUCCUGGUACAUCCCUUUCCAGGGUGAGCCAGAAGGACGUAUCGGAGAGCCAGCUAUGCUAUCUCAGCACCUGCCCAGCAUUCUUCAUACCAGUGGAACUCUGACCUGCCCCCCUUUUAGAAUAACUUCAAUCACACUUCUUUUGCGACAUGGCAGUAACACAAAGCGCUGUAAGCAUGAGCCAGAAUCUGGCCUGUUGUCCUCAGCUGUGCAUACAUAGGGCAGGUUGAUUUUUAAUCUUCAAUUCUAGCUGCCAUACAUAAUUUUGGAGAGAGCAACAUUUAAUUACGAAUGUCUCCAACCAAACAAAAGGUCCGUGAUGGAUGAUGAGCACAUCUGCUAGUGUCUGGUGACUUGCUCAGCGGGCUGAUGGAGAAGGCCAGGCUCAGAUGCCUAGAACCUCCUACCAUGAAAAAGCACCUUUUAAACAUUUUGUUUAGUGCAGGAAUAAAUAAUUAGUAUGUGUUCAUUUAAUACAAAGAGAAUUUUAUAAUCGAGAUAUUAAAUUAAACUGCCACAGAAAUAAUCAUUUUAAAUGUUUUUAAAGAUAUUCUGUACAACUAUUUCCAUAUAUAUUAAUUCCAGUUAUAUUUAUUA